AUGUCAUUCGAGUUCACCGAUAGAGCUCAGACUUCGGUCUCGGCAGCACUUCAGCUUGCCAAAGAUCACUCCCACCCUCAGAUUGCUCCAGCUCACAUUGCUCUGGCUCUUUUGACAGACGACACGUCCAACUCGCAAGGCGUUCAGUCUACCAACGAAUCCAGCCAGUCACUCUUCAAGAGCAUCUGCACCAAGGCAGGCGUCGAUAUCAAACUCUUUGAAGACAAGCUUCGAACCACGCUCCGCAAGAUCCCCUCUCAGUCUCCUCCACCCGACGACGUUAGCCUCUCCAACCAGGCCGUCAAAGUACUCAAGGAAGCUGAGAGUCAGAAGAGUAGCCAGCGCGAUGCCUACAUCGCUCAAGACCACAUCCUCCUCGGCCUCAUCCAGGACAAGAGCAUUGAGCAGCUUCUCAAGGAGGCUGGUCUCGUCAAUCAAGAACUCAUCAAGACUGCCAUCACACAAGCAAGAGGCGGUCGCCACAUCGACAGCAAGAGCGCAGAAGCAGGCUACGAUGCUCUCGCCAAGUACUGCACCGAUCUCACCCAGCUCGCUGCCGAGGGCUCGCUCGAUCCCGUCAUCGGUCGAGACAUUGAAAUCCGUCGAGCGGUCCGCGUUCUCUCUCGAAGGACCAAGAACAACGCCGUCCUUAUUGGUAGUCCUGGUGUAGGUAAGACCGCUAUCGUCGAAGGUCUUGCUCAGCGUGUCGUCGACCGCGAUGUUCCUCCCAAUCUCCUCGGCAAGAUCCUCAGUCUUGACGUCGGUGGUCUCAUGGCCGGCGCCAAGUACCGCGGUGAAUACGAGGAGCGCGUCAAGUCGGUGCUAUCCGACAUUGAGAAGAUGACUGCAGACGGCACACCCUGCAUUCUAUUCAUCGAUGAGAUGCAUCUUCUCAUGGCUGGUCAGGGCAGCUCAGGCGGAGGCAUGGACGCUGCCAACCUGCUCAAGCCCAUGCUUGCACGUGGCAAGCUCCGUGUCAUCGGCUGCACCACUGCCAACGAAUACCGACAGUACAUCGAGAAGGACGCUGCACUCGAGCGUCGUUUCCAGUCUAUCCUCGUCAACGAACCCUCGGUCGAGGACUGCAUCGCCAUCUUGCGAGGUAUCCGCGACAAGUACGAGGUUCACCACGGUGUUCGCAUUCUCGACUCGGCCAUCGUCUCGGCAGCACAGCUGGCUAAGCGUUACCUCACUGAUCGACGCUUGCCCGACUCGGCCAUCGACCUUGUCGACGAAGCCUGUGCCGACGUUAGGGUUUCGCGAGAGACUGUUCCCGAAGAAGUCGACAAGCUGGAGCGCAAGCGUCUCCAGCUCGAGAUUGCCGUCCAUGCCCUCUCUCGAGAGAAGGAUGUCCAGUCCAAGCAGUCGCUCGAGGAGACCAGGAAGCAGAUUCAGGCCAUCGAUGAUGAGCUCGCCCCCAUCAAGGCUGCUUUCGAAGCGCAGAAGGCCAAGGGCGAGGAGAUGAACAACGUUCGACGUAAGAUGGAAGAAGUUCGCGCCAAGAUCGCCGAAGCCGAGCGUCGCUACGACCUGGCCACUGCUUCCGAUCUCAAGUUCUACGCUCUACCUGAUCUCGAGGCGAAGCUGAAGCAACUUCAGGCUGCUGAGCGCAAGCGCGAGGAGGAAGGUCUCAACUCGGACAACAACUCGGUCACUGCUGAUGCGAUCGCCACCAUUGUUUCGCGCUGGACGGGUAUCCCUGUUUCGCGCAUGCUCGAGUCGGAGAAGAACAAGUUGCUCCGUCUGGAACGCACACUGGCCAAGGAGGUCAUUGGUCAGGAGGAAGCAGUCAAGAGCGUCGCUCAAGCCAUUCGACUGUCACGCUCUGGCCUCGCGGAUGCCAACCGACCGAUCGCAUCGUUCCUCUUUGCUGGUUCUUCCGGUUCAGGUAAGACGCUGCUCAGCCGAACAUUGGCCAAGUGUAUGUUCGAUUCGGCGGAUGCCAUGGUUCGCAUCGACUGCAGCGAGUUUUCGGAGAAGCACUCGAUCUCGCGUCUCAUUGGCGCUCCACCGGGCUAUGUUGGUCACGAAGAGGGAGGUGUUCUGACAGAAGCCGUUCGACGCAAGCCCUUCAGUAUUGUGUUACUCGACGAGAUCGAGAAAGCAUCACGCGAGUUCAUCCAGCUCUUCCUCGGUGUUCUUGACGAGGGUCGUCUACAGGACAGCCAGGGUCGCCAAGUCUCCUUCCGAAAUACCAUCAUCAUCAUGACUUCAAACCUCGGGUCCGCCUACAUCAACGAGUCUCAGGCUGAAGAGAUGACCGAGGCAACCAAACAACUUGUCAUGGGUAGCAUCAAAGCCGCCAUGCCUACCGAGUUUGUCAACCGAAUCGAUAGCAUCGUUGUGUUCAGCAAGCUCUCACGUCGCAACGUCAAGUCGAUUGUCGAUGUUCGUCUGCGCGAGAUCGAGCAGCGCAUCCAAGCCAACGGUGGCAAGUCGAAGCUCGUGCUCGAUGAAGGUGCAAAGGACUUUCUGGUGGCUACUGGCUUUUCGCCUACCAUGGGUGCUCGUCCAUUGAACAGGUCGAUUCAGCAGGAACUCUUGUCGCCUUUGUCCAUCCUGAUUUUGUCAGCUAGGAUCAAUAUCAAGGAGGAUGCACAGAUCCAAGUCAAGUUCGACCAGCACAGAAACGGGUUGGUCGUCAUACCCAACCACGCCAGUGCGAAUAAUGGCGGGGUGGAGGAUCAAGAUAUGUCGGACGACGCGGAUAGUCAAGACUAUGCCAGGAUUGACGAGGAUCCCCUUGAUUAA